AUUCGAUGGUUUGGAAGCUAAAAUAGUAAAAUGCGACCAAUUAAACUUACAAGAACUCCCACAAACACAAAAUGAGUGGAGAAGAGAAGUUUCGGAUUUUUAUAACCUUUGGAACUUUCCGAACUGUAUAGGCGCUAUAGAUGGGAAGCAUAUUAAUAUUCGUCAGCCACCUGGAUCUGGAUCUUUUUACUAUAAUUACAAAAAAACAUUUUCCAUAGUGCUGAUGGCAGUGGUCAAUGCCAACUAUGAGUUUUUAAUGGUUGACGUUGGCAAAAAUGGCAGAGCAUCUGAUGGAGGCGUAUUUCGCGAAACAAAGUUUUUUUCAAAACUAGCAGCAAACACUUUAAAAAUUCCGAGCCCAGAGGCUCUUCCGGGAUGUGGUGAAAGAAUGCCGUUUGUGUUUGUAGCUGACGAUGCUUUUCCGCUAUCGGAAAAUAUUUUAAAACCAUUUAGUCACAACACUCUCAAAACAGAGGAGAUUAUCUUCAACUACAGGCUUUCCCGAGCACGAAGGAUUGUUGAAAAUGCUUUCGGCAUUUUGGCAUCCAGAUUUAGGAUCUUGUUACAAACUAUAAAUAUGUCACCAGAAAAAACCACUACUAUUGUGCUAGCUUGUUGCUAUUUGCAUAACUUUUUGAGGAAGCAAAAUGAGCGAACUUAUUUCGAAGGUGGUUUGGAUACGGAGCAAGUGGAAAUGGGCAUUAUCGAAUAUGCAGAUUGGCACAGUGGUCCAAAUCUUCAAAACCUUCAAGCUUCAACUUCUAGAAAUGCAUCCCGAAAUGCAAAACAAAUUAGGGAAAAUUUUUGCACAUAUUUUAACACAACUGGGUCAGUACCGUGGCAAAAUAAUGUUUUAAGAUAAGCAAAAUGAAUAAUAAAAAAUGCA